AUGUUCUAUCAUGGUUACGAUAAUUAUAUGAAGCAUGCAUUUCCUGAAGAUGAGCUACGUCCUCUCUCUUGCGCGCCUUUGACGCGAGAUCGCAACAACCCCAGUCACAUCGAACUCAAUGAUGCGCUCGGGAACUACUCCUUGACCUUGAUCGAUAGUUUGUCGACCCUCGCCAUCAUGUCCUCACAAGAUAAAUCAAGCAAGAGAAAGAAGAACAAAGCAUGGGAGGAAUUUCAAGACGGAGUGAGAGCUAUCGUCGAGCUCUACGGUGACGGCACAUCAGGCACUAAGGGAGUGGGUGAGCGAGCAAAGGGCUUCGAUAUCGAUAGCAAAGUCCAGGUCUUUGAAACAGUUAUAAGAGGUGUCGGUGGACUUUUGAGCGCUCAUCUGUUUGCAGUAGGGGAGCUGCCGAUUGUGGGCUAUGAGUCUAAGAGGUUAACAAAGAGGGAUGAUGCUGGUUACACUAUCAAGUGGUCGAAAGGGUUCAAAUACAAUGGCCAGCUCCUACGGCUCGCCGAAAAUCUCGGGCGCCGGCUGUUACCAGCAUUCGUAACAUCGACCGGAAUCCCAUACCCUCGAGUGAACCUGCGCCAUGGAGUUCCAUUCUAUCUCAAUUCUCCUCUCAACGAGGACCCCGAGGGAGGCGAAUGCCCAGUAAAACCAAGCUCCCCGACCGAGAUCACAGAGACAUGCAGUGCAGGAGCGGGCAGCAUUGUCCUCGAGUUCACUGUGCUAAGUCGACUCACCGGAGACCCUAUUUUCGAGCAGGUAGCAAAGCGAGCAUUUUGGUCGGUGUGGGAGCGCAGGAGCUCAAUUGGCCUAGUUGGGUCUGGAAUCGACGCCGAGAGUGGUCAUUGGACGUCGCCCUAUACUGGCAUUGGAGCAGGCAUCGACAGCUUCUACGAAUACGCUGCGAAAGCAAGUGUUCUUCUAUCCAAUCUACACGAUUUUGAAGGGCUGCGACACUCAUCAUCUAAUGAAACAGCACCAUCGAACCGCACGCAGCUGGUAGAUGGAUAUCAACACACAGCUGCCGCGUUCGGCGAAGCUUGGGAGAAGUCUCAUGCAGCGAUCAAGCGGCAUUUGUACCGAGGAGAAGAGUAUACUCAUCCUCACUACAUACAAGGGGACCUCUUUACAGGCGCAGCAAGAGCAUAUUGGGUCGACAGCUUGAGCGCGUUCUAUCCUGGACUCCUGGCAAUGUUUGGUGAAGUCGAAGAGGCGGUUGAAGCACAUCUGCUGUAUACUGCGGUUUGGACUCGCUUCUCUGCCUUUCCAGAGCGUUGGUCGCUCGCCAACGGAGGGGUUGAAAGUGGUCUCAGCUGGUGGGGUGGGAGACCUGAGUUCAUAGAGUCCACAUAUCAUAUCUAUCAAGCCACAAAAGAUCCUUGGUAUCUCCACGUUGGCGAGAUGGCACUACGCGAUAUUAAGCGACGCUGCUGGACGAAGUGCGGCUUCUCUGGCAUCCAAAAUGUCUUGAAUGGGGACAGAAGCGAUAGAAUGGAAAGCUUCUUUCUUGGGGAAACGACGAAAUACUUGUACCUGCUCUACACCCCUGAUCAUCCGCUCAACAAGCUCGACGCUCCAUUCGUCUUCACCACUGAAGGACAUCCCCUGAUCGUCCCACGUUCUUCGCAGGUCGUCGCGGCAGCUUCAAAUUCUCGGGAGCCUAAUACAGCUGGACAGGAACCUUUUGUGAUAGAGGAGAAAUCAUGUCCUAAGGCUCCAUCGCUAGUACCAUUCAGCAUCUCAGCGACAGCCGCUCGUAACGACGUUUUCCAUGCCGCAAAGCUCGCACGCUUGCAUCUGAUGCCAACACGUGACACAGUAGACUCUCCUUUGGUCGAGUAUUCAAGCGAUCACCCAAGUAUUACGGUUUCCGACGUUCGUUCUCCAUCAAAUUUCAGCUAUUUUCCGUGGACUCUUCCUCUAGAUUACGUUCCACAUAAUGGCAUAUCUUCCAAGAUCAACCUUCGCAACACCUUUGACAUUACCUUUCCUGCUCUUCCUAACACCAUUGUCGGACCAGGUACCAUUCAACGCGUAGUCAACGGGCUUCUUGUGAGUUCACUGAGCGGCUUGCGCCUUGGCAUGAUUCAAGAUGUUCAAGCGCCACCAGACAGUGACGUUCAGAUCGAGCAUUAUCGCAUUCAGUCAGUAAAUAAUAUCAUGCUCGGACGUGACGAACAAGUCUUCCUCCCCAAGUCGACCAUUUCGCAAGCUGUCAGUCCUACAGAUCCAAACUUCACCACUAUCCGGGAUUCAAUGCUGCUAGACCUUGUCAUUGACCUACCUCCCGCUACAGGAGAUCAGCGGAAAAACUUCACCACUACCUCCACUUCUUCUGCAAACCCGUCCAAAUCCUUGUCCACGGCUAUAACGUCUGGCCCUUCGCUGGUCUUCGAUGUUGCCAACCCUUCCAACGAAGCAGCCUCGUCCGUCCGCCAGGCCUUUUCCAUCAUCCUUUCCCAGAUCGGCCUCAUCCUCCAGCCCAACAUAGAUGCUCCGCUACCAACUCAUUCGACCCCCUCUACGCCUACACCCACAAUACAUCGCUCACAUAUCGCGGCUAUCCUUCCCAUUGGCCCUGGAGCAGCGCCGCUCCCCGACUUUGCCGAAGCUCAGUACCAGAGUCCAGACUCUACCCGCAACCCAGAUGAGGAUAUCAUCUUUAACACCAUUUACAUGGCGGAUGAUGCUUGCACGCCGCUUGCCGCGCAUGCGCCUGUGGAAAACCAAGUGAUAGUGAUCAAACGGGGAACAUGCAGCUUCAGGAAGAAACUUGCAAAUAUCGCUACUUUCGCACCUGCUAAGGAGUCACUACAACUUGUUGUCGUUGUGUCAUAUGAUGAAGGCGAAUUCGGUAGCGAAAGCGACCGACAAGACGGAGCAGGAUUACACUUCCUCACCCGCCCUGCGCUUGAUGAUGAACAAAUCACGAGUAAAGGACUGCCACGUAGGAAUCCUAUACCCAUGGUGCUUGUCACUGGCGGAGAACAGACAUACGAGAUGCUGAAGCGCGCGAAGGGUCUAGGCUUGAAGCGAAAGUAUGAGAUAAGGGCCCAGGGUGUGCCUAUCAGGAAUUUGGUGAUAUUGUAG